AAAUUAAUAAAAGCCGAUUAAGCCUCAUCAGUAAUAUUAACAUGUGCAGGGUGUAGUGAUGUCAUCUGGAGACGAUGUGAUCCAUAGUUUAACUGUGACGCGUCACUGUAGGAGCCACACAUGGUCGAACGACCAGCAGACAAGUUUACGUCCCGUCAGCGAGCGUUCUGCUCUUCAGACUGUUUGUAAGUGUGGUUGUCCGCCAACGGCUGGAACACGUUACAUUCACGCCAGGUAUUACUGGAGAUCUCAACUUACGUGAACGUAGUUUCUGUCACUCAGGCUCCAGCAGCCGAUAUGCUUUCAUGUGAUUUAAGAUAAGUUGGUUUUUAAAGGAAACGAUAAUAUUUUGUCAUGGGUGAGACUCAAACUGAGAACUUAUUAUUUAUGACGUACUACACGUUGCUCCAUGCUUUGAAUUGUGGGUGGACAUAAAGCUGACGUCACAUCUGCCAGUGAUUAAAAAAAAUAAUAAUAAUGAUAACAUAAGCUCAUCUAGUAUUUCUUGAACGGACAUCUCUGGGCUCAUGUUGGAUUUUAUGAACUUGACCUGACCUGAUCGUGACUUCUGCCUCACAACAAUCACUAAUCCUGUCAGCCAUGUUUACCUGAAGCUGACGUCUGCAGCCAGAAUUAAUAACUGUUCCAGCAGCCCAGCUGAUCAGCCGAGAUCUGAGGAGACUGUCAGCUUUAUGGUCCUCCUCUGAGAGAGCUAUGUGCAGCAGAGUACCGAUGCAGGUCAGUGAGGCCUGCCGCCCGGACGAUGACAUGGCGGAUGGAGACCUGGGUGAUGGAAUGGGCUUAAGAUCAGCACCCAGUUCCACUAGGAAGAAGAACCAAAGCCUUGCUGGUAGCACAGAGAUCCAGAUGCCAGGAGCAGAGAGGCGCAGGUGUGGGAGCCAAACAGGAGAGGCAGCAUGGAUCCCUGGUCUGAUGAUUGCAGAGACACAGCAGAGAGCCUUUAAGAAGCUGUCACACUUUGCAGACCCCCUGGUUGAGCUGUCCAAAGAAGAGCUGAAAGACAGACUGCGGGAAGCAACUGAGUUAAUUGAUGUCUUGGGUUGUGAGCUGGAGGUGGCACAUCGUUACUUUGAAGGCAAAUAUGAGGCUCUUAGGAUCUUACAAGGGAAGGCCAUUCUUGACAAAGCUACUGGUCACACAAAAAGUCUUUUGCAGAAAAGUGAGGAGAAGGCUAGAGCGCUGGAGAAGGAGGUGAACAGCUUGCAGUGGGAACUCAGCUUUAACCAGAUUCAGAUGAAGAGGUCUCAGCAGUCAUGGGAGCAGAAAUACAACAGAAUUUUGAAUGAGAACAAGACCCUGACUGAUAACCUGGAACGAAACGAGAGUCAGAUCCAGCAACUUCGAGCAGAGAAUUCUGCUUUAAGUCGGCAGUGCAUGGAGCUUCUCUCCAUGUUGGAUGUCAAGGAGCAGAGAGCUUAUCAAGGAACCAAACCUCAAUUCAGCCCGGAGAGGGAUGCAAGUGUACUGGAGCUGGCAGUGUUGGGGGCCUGUCGGUGUCUUGGUGUUGCUGAAGCUUGUCCAUGCAGUCGGACUGCUGCUGCCAGCAGAAAGCAGCUCAUCCAGCUACAACAGGAGCUGGAUGCUCAGUGUUCAAGGAGGGAGGAGGCGUUGAUGGUAGCGGAUGCUUUUCGCAUUGCCUUUGAACAGCAGCUGAGGAAAAGAAGCGAGCACUUCCUUCUGCUGGCUGAGGCCAACACCGUGAAAUUCCAUCAUUACAAGGGUGAAGAUGUCAGCAGGAGCGUCAGUUUAAGCCAAAAGCUGAGAGGACUGCUGCCUUCCAGUUUAGAGGUGAAAAUGCCUGAUGAUCUUUUAGAGACUCUCUACAGACUGUUGGACUUGCUGAAUGACAAAGAGGAGGCCCUGGCGCACCAGAGGAAGGUGAGCAUCAUGUUAGCACACAGCGCUGAGAAGCUGCAGAGAAAGUUGCAUCUGGAUUCACAUUGCCAGCCAUCAGACCCAUCACAGUCCAGGACCCCAUCAAAGCAACCACAACCACAUCCACCAUCAGAGAACCAGAGACAGUCUCAGAGACAGUCUGAUACAUCAGAAAUUCCAGAGCUACCAGAUUCCCAACUUCAGCCAGGAAAACCACACUGUCCAGGAAACAACUUGAUUAAUAGUGAGCCACAGGAGCCAGAGCCAUCACAGACUAACAUCAAGUCAAUGUCUAACCAGGGCCAUAAGUCUGCCUGAUGUUCACAGCUGAUCCAGCAUCUACCGGAAACGAAACAGCCAACUGGGUCUUCAGAGAGAAAGGGUAGUAGUGCUGAGGUAGGACAAUAAAGUGGCAACCACUUACCAACUGGACAUCCAGCCCCACAAAUAUUUUUGUUACAUGUCACAAACAGCCUUUACUGUGAGGUUCAAAUCUGCAAAAUACUCUGCCCGGCCAAAAAAAGGCACCACCUGGAUUUACCUAAGCAAACAGGUAAGCUCCUUCUAUUGGACAACUACUGCAGUGAUUAGUAUGUUUCAGCUGGCAACAAGUUAUUGAACCCUAACUGAUGCAGUAAGGAGCUUCUCAUUCCUUAGACCACCAAAAGAUGUUUGAGAGGGGUCAAAUUAUUGGCCUGCAUCAAGCAUAGAAAACAACCAAGAACAUUGCUGAGACUGCUAAAAUUGGGUUAAUAACUGUCCAGCACAUAGUUAAACCCUGGAAGGACAGUGGUGAACCGUCAUCUUUGAGGAAGAAAUGUGGUGGGAAAAAAUAUUGAAUGAUGGUGAUCGGAGAUCACUUAAACGUUUGUUGAAUCAAAAGGAAAAAAAUCAACAGCAGAACUCACGGCUGUGUAUAAAAGGGAAAGUAAGAGCAUUCCCAUUGUGAAGAGAACUGAAGGGAUUGGGCCUAAACUGCUGUGAAGCCUUAAGGAACCACUUAUCAGUGAGGUUAAUCAGAAAAAAGGCUUCAAUUUCCUAAGGAGCCCAAAGAUUGGAAGCAAUGGAAAAAGGUCCCGUUGUCUGAUGAGUCCAGAUUUACCCUGUUCCAGAGUGAUGGGUGCAUCAGGGUAAGAAGACAUGAAGAUAUGACAUGAAGAUAUGAUCCAAUGUUUCUUUUUCUUUUGUUCUAUCUUUGAAAAUCAAAACCUGAAACCAGUAUAUUAAUCUUAAUAAUCUUAAUCUAUUAAUUCCUACAUAAUGAAAUUCAUUGUUGCUGUGUGAUUAAACAGGAAAACCCAACUAAAUUGUUCUCAUUUUCCAUGAUUAAUCUACAAGACAAUCUGUCUGAUAGUUAGGGGGCCAAGCCUGAGGGGCCGAGGGAACGCGUAUUUCCUAGGACCAGCAGUGCUAGGAACCCUAUUGUAAUUUUAAGGAUUUUUAUUUUUAUUUUUCUCCGGCUAAAAGUGGUGCUACAGGCUAAACCGAGCAAGGAAGGGUGCAAUUUGGAGGGUUGGUCCAGACUUUUGCAAAUAUCUCAGACACAAAAAACUACAUAUAUCCACCUGCAGGGGGUGCUAUUGGCCCCCGUUCAUAACUGCUUGCAGUUCUAGUUUACUUUGAUUUUAAGUGGCAGCUGGCAACAUGAAAAUUGUGAACAUACGCAGUGGUCUGUCAUAAAACCCAGAGCAGGUUUAUGACUUGUUGUCACUUAGUGUGAUUGUGAAUAUUCAUGUGGUUGUGGGGAAAAACAAAAUGGACGAUUAACCAAGUGGAUUCAUCACACUGGGACAAGUCUCUCACACACUAAACAUAACCCUUUCAUCCACACCAAUGUGGAUACUAUUAUGUUUUUGUUUUU